AUGACCGACAGUGGACUUAGUGAUCCUCAAGAGGAUUCUCAGAAGGAUUUGGAAAAUGUCCUAGCAGGAAAUUCUCAGACAGAGGAGACCACAGUCACAGCGAGUGCCACCAAAGAAGCUCAGGCCCCAAACCCUGCCUCUGGUCUUCACAAAGACCACCAAUGGGUAGAGGUAAUAGGUCCGGGAAGUGCAGACACAGGUGAUAAAUCAGAAAGUCCAGAUGAAGCAGCUGCUGGGGAGUACCCAAAGGAUGGAACAGAACAUGAGAGCAACUGGAGUUCUCAGGAUGGAGAGCAAGGGCGUCAUUUCCACCCAGGAAGUCCCUGGGAAGAGCUCUUGGAUCCAAAUCCUAACUGCUCUCCAUGUGACAAGGUAGGAAGAGCAGAUGCCCAGGUGGGGAGCUGCUCUGCAGCCCUCCCUGAGGAAGUGAGUUUCAGAAUCAGAGCUUCCCAGGAACCACCUGCUCCAGACUCCCAGGAUGUCCAGGGUCCCGGUCAUUCCAGCGCGGGGCUGGCGAGUCAGGACACACUGAGGAGGCGGCUGGCGGCACCAGGGGCUGGAAGCCAUCUACAAGAAGCACAAAAAUUGGAAGAAAACAAUGAGAAUGCACAGGAUGCCAGAAGAAAGACAUUGAGAUAUUUAGAGCUCUGAUACAUUAUUUUUGCCCUCUUGGCCAUGGGUCUGUGUAUUUUUUUGGGAAGUGCAAUUAGUAGCUACUAUUCUUCGCAAGCCCAGCAAGUGCACAGAAAUCCAGCUUUAGAGGCCUUCUUGGCUCGGUUCACUCAGUUGAAGGAUAAAUUUCCAGGCCAGAGUUCCUUCCUCUGGCAGAGGGGACGUAAGUUCCUGCAGAAGCACCUCAAUGUUUCAAACCCCACGGAGCCAGCCACCAUCAUACUUACAGCAGCUCGAGAGGGAAGAGAGACCCUAAAGUGCCUCAGCCACUACGUCGCAGAUGCCUACACCUCUUUCCAGCAAGUCUCUGCCAUUCAGAUCGAUGGGGCUGCCAGAACCUUGCAGGACAGUGACACGGUCAAGCUGUUGGUUGACCUUGAGCUGAGCACUGGGUUUGAGAAUGGCCAAAAGGCUGCUGUGGUGCACCGCUUUGAAUCCCUGCCAGCUGGCUCCACCUUGAUAUUCUAUAAGUAUUGUGACCAUGAGAAUGCAGCCUUUAAAGAUGUGGCCCUAGUCCUUACUGUUUUACUAGAGGAGGAAACAUUAGAAGCAAAUGUAGGUCCAAGAGAAACUGAAGAGAAAGUGAGGGAUUUGCUCUGGGCCAGAUUUACCAACUCGGACACUCCCAGCUCCUUCAACCACAUGGACUCAGACAAACUGAGUGGGCUCUGGAGUCGGAUUUCCCACCUGGUACUGCCUGUCCAGCCAGUAAGGAUCAUAGAAGAACGGGGGUGCCCUUUCAUGUUAAUUUGUUUGAAACUGGAUCUAAACAAGUUCCACAAAUUGUAUUUGAUUGAUUCUCAGAAGGAUUUGGAAAAUGUCCUAGCAGGAAAUUCUCAGACAGAGGAGACCACAGUCACAGCGAGUGCCACCAAAGAAGCUCAGGCCCCAAACCCUGCCUCUGGUCUUCACAAAGACCACCAAUGGGUAGAGGUAAUAGGUCCGGGAAGUGCAGACACAGGUGAUAAAUCAGAAAGUCCAGAUGAAGCAGCUGCUGGGGAGUACCCAAAGGAUGGAACAGAACAUGAGAGCAACUGGAGUUCUCAGGAUGGAGAGCAAGGGCGUCAUUUCCACCCAGGAAGUCCCUGGGAAGAGCUCUUGGAUCCAAAUCCUAACUGCUCUCCAUGUGACAAGGUAGGAAGAGCAGAUGCCCAGGUGGGGAGCUGCUCUGCAGCCCUCCCUGAGGAAGUGAGUUUCAGAACCAGAGCUUCCCAGGAACCACCUGCUCCAGACUCCCAGGAUGUCCAGGGUCCCGGUCAUUCCAGCGCGGGGCUGGCGAGUCAGGACACACUGAGGAGGCGGCUGGCGGCACCAGGUGAGAACCCACUGAAAGACUAUCCUGCUUUCCAUAGCUCUGCUACUGAGAACAGAACUUAA